AUGAAGUGGCUUUCCUCUAAAUUUCGAGAUGCGGACCGAAAUCGCCCCCAAAAACCAUCAUCCGGACUUCCCGAGCCGAUACCCGAUCAGUUUCCAUCAGGCAUCAAAUUGCUCCACAGCCCGGAUGGUGAUGUUCUGGUUGACAUUGUCUUCUUUGACGUCGAGCUGAAUAAGUACAACGAGACGCCCGAGAACUUGAGCACACUGCUUUCACAGGCCAAACCAACGAUUGAGGCAUGCAAGAUAGCGUCUGAGGAGUUCCUUGCUUGGUUGAGAAAGGCCACACGGCAUUCGGAUGCGAGUCACAUCAGCUGGCGGGACCGUAUCGGUCUUCUGUAUGAAGACAAAACCAUCAACGCAUUCAAGUCUCGCUUACAGAGCUAUGAGUCUACAAUUAAUCUCGCUCUUUGUUUUACAUCCCUUAAUCUGAUGAGCCAGAACGCCGGAGACCUCCGGGGCAUCGGAGACACUGCCACGAAGACUCUAGAAACAGUAACGAGUCAGAUACAGGGACUUUCCAUCGGGAUGCAGGCUGUGAUUGAAUUCGGAGCGGAGAAGAACGAGCUGAUGAGCGCACUGGAAGAACAAACCAAGAUGCUCACGCAGUGCGCGCGUGUUUGCAUGCCUGUUCUCGAGGCAGCCGCGAAGACUGAAGGCAACACGUUGAGAUACGCGGUUGCUCUGGAUGAGGCUCGGCAGCUUGUUGGUGUCAUCGGUGAUGUCAAAGCUGGAGGAGCUACUGUGGCAAUCGAUCAGUUGAUUGCGAAGGACAAGGCCAGGCAGAUGGGAGGCACGAUCUCUGGGGAUGUUGCACUUGCGUUCAUGAAAUAG